AUGUUCGCGCCAUGCGUGUUGCCCGUCGUCGCGCGCGGAGCGUACGUCGCGCCGCUCCGCGCCGGAUCGUCGCGGCGGCGGCCUCGGCCCGCCCGUUCCGUCCGCUCGCGCGCGACGGUACCCGUCCGAUCCGCGUCCUCGUCAGCAGAGUCCGACUUCGACGACCUGAGCGACGUGACCCGCGACGUGCUCGCGUUCCACGCCGCCGAACGCAACGGCAACGGCGAUCGCGGCCGCGGGGGCGAACGCACGGUCCCGCUCGAGUCGUGGGCGGCUCGAUACGGCUGGACCGUCGACGCCGCCGAGCGCGUGUUGUGGCAGGCUGACGUUCCGCUGAAGAGCAGCAUCGGCGCCGGCGACGCCAACCCGAUCGGCAAAAACGUUCGCAUCGUCGACGCCAAGAGCGCGUACGUCGGCGUGUGGCUCGCGUUCGUCGAGGCGGACCACGUCGUGUCGGCGCUGCUGGCGCGGGAGCGAGGGGACCCGAACAGCACCGCCGUGAAGGGAGGCGGAUCGAUGACGAAGAAACAGGCGCUCGACGCCGCGUCUGCACAGCUGGCGACGAGACACGCGGCGUCGCAACCGGAGGGGGGCGGAUGCAUCCAGAGACGAUCCACCGUCGCCGCGUGGGGCGACGUGAUCCGCGCGCUGCGACGAAGGUACCGGAAAGGAGGGGACGACGCGUGCCCGUACGCGUUGCUCACCAAGAAGGUCAAGACCAGGCGAGUGUACCGCGCGGUUCGAGCCGGCGGCGCCGGUUCGUCCUCCGCGGACCUCGCCGGAUGGGAGAUUGUCCUCGGCGCCCUCGAGCCGGACGUCCAUACACACGCGUCUCACCCGUUCGCGGUGGAGGACGCGAGGGAACGCGAGCGGGGUGGGUUCGGCGUGCGCGCCGGCAUCGGCGCCUCGAGCGUGUAUACGAACGACGGAGGCACGGCCGGCGCGGGAUCGACGGACGUCGCCAACAACAUCGCCGCGAGGCGAGCGGCGAGGGCGGCGUCGUGGAAGCGCCGCGUCAACGCCACGUACGAGCUGGACCGGUGCGAUAACCCGUGGGCGGACGAUGACGAGGGCGGCGCGUGCGGGAGGGCGGACGAGGCGAGGAGGCUGGCGGAGGCUGCGGAGAAGCGGCGGAGGUCGCGGCUCGGCUCGUGGUGA